AUGAAUACCUAUAUCGCCACGAUUGAUUUGGCGAAGUUGGACAAAGAAAAUCUCGAAACGGUUCGCGAAUUUGCCAGUUUCCUGACAACAUUUCUUACAAAAUGGUCAAAUAGCCUUGAGUCGAAUCAAAAACUGUACAAAGGAAUUCAUAGCGGAUUCACUUUGGCCCUUGAUAUGAUCCGCCGAUUCACAUUCGUCGAUGACGCGAAACUGUUAAAAACAUGCCUCGAUUAUUGGAUCUAUUUGAGCGCUAGAGUUUUUCGAGAAUGCCGAUGCAUGGACAGCGACGCGGCGAAAGACAAAUCCCACGAUAUUUACAUGAUCCAUUUGGUUGAUUUGAAACAAAAACUACCAAGUAGACUCGAAGACGUGGACACAAUUUUGAUUCUCGACAAAAAUGAGAAUGGCGAUGAGGUAUAUGUAAAAGUUAUGAAGGACUGCGAAGAGCUGAAGCCAUUAGUCGAGGAGGUUUUGCAAUGUCUCGCCCAUGCCGAUUGUGAUUCGAGGUCAAUGAUUUGGGCUGCAGACAAUGAUAUUAAUAAGCUUCCUCCGAUUGGGGUUGAAUCGAAACUCGAGAAGAUUUUCGGCACGAAAUUAUCGCUCGAAUUUUGUGAAUUUGUUUUGACCGAGGGAAUUGAGAAUAUUGUCGAUAUUCCACAAUCAAUGGCGACAGCUGUCGCAGCUAACAGUGCGCGAUUGCCACCCGCGUCGCUCCCAGAAAAAACUCUGGUUAAUGAAACUACAACUCCCGAAAUCAAUGCCGCCAGCUUGUCAGCGAUUCAGGAAAUAGCGAAAUGCUUCUCAUUUGUGCCAAAUAUCGAUGGAAGCCAUCAUGUUGAGCCAUCAUCGAGCCAACAAUACUUGCCAGCUGUGAGCAUCCCGGGCGAUCUGUCGAGAAGCGAGAACAGCGAAUUGGUGUGCCUUCAAAAUAUUUUAAUGAGAAUCGAGCCAAUUGCAGCAAACCAAUGGAUUGUCGAACGCUGCGAGAGCCAAUUGGAUGUUGAAUGCGGAGAAAUACCGGAAGCGGUAUCGGUAUAUGAGAAACCAAAAGAAACGAAAUGGUAUUGUUUAGAAAGCCCGAGAAUCCCACAACGAAUGUUGCUUCAUACGGGAAUGUUGCAAUUAAUGGAUAGAGUUGAGAAUUUCAGUCCCGGCUAUGGUUUUUUAAAUCCAAUGGACAUUCGGAUGGUUCCACCAACGGGAUUCUCCUUUAACUCGCUAUUAACAACAAAAUCUGAAAAUCGAGGAGCAUGCCCACAACAGGAAAGAUAUCAUCGAGUUCCGACGCCACAGUCGCGGCAAACUUAUUCAAGUUUGCAGCCGUCUUCACUGCCGUCUUUUCAAUGGCCAACAAAUACUCCAGUGGAUCAACAAAAUCCGUUUUCGUUUUUGAAUGGACCUGUUCAAACCGCUGCCAAUCAACAAGAGCCAAUGAAUUUGGUCGAUAAGUUGUCGUCUCAACAAGUGACGGAAAUUCUAAACAGCUUGAUGAAGGAAAAUUCUGCCCAACAAGAAUUAUUUCGGGCGAUGGAGAACAAUGCGAAGAAGACGAGCGUUCUAUCGAAUGGAAAUGUGACUUUGACGGAGUUAGGAAUCGUUCAAAGAGCCACCGAUGGUGUUGCUCAGUUCUCGCCGAAUCUGCCGAUUAGCACUCCAACCAAUAACAAUUCGAAUGAUAUCGAUAGAAAUCGAGGUUUGCAAAAUGUUGGAUUAAUGAACGAUAAAGGUUUCGUCGAAUUUGGAACAUCGCCGAGAGCGGCAGCGAAAAGGAGAAUUGAAGAGACGGAAAGGGCAAGAGGCAAAGUUCCGAGAACGAAUGACGAUUAUCAAAAAUCUGCGCAAACCUUGAUUCCAGGCAAUCCGCCUCCGAUGCAGAUGUUUAAUUUUGCUGAUUUAUGUCAGCUUCUAACACAAUCGAAUCAAAACGCAAGCGAUAAUAAUUCGCAUAAGGAGACAUUGUCGAGCAAAAAUGAUUUGAGUUCGAAUGGCAGUGAUAAGCCAGACAAUGCUGGUUGCUGA